AUGGCAAACACAGACACGAGGGAUUCUGGGCUUCCUUUGAACACACUGAAGUUAACUCACUCUGAUAAUGGUGUAAAACGUAGCAUUCCGGCUCUGCACGCCACUUGGAAAGAUACAAGAUGCUUUACAAAGUACAUGGCCUUCCUAGUUAAUGGUCAAGAAAGCGUAAGCGAUGCAAUAUUGGAACAAUGGACAAACGAAACUGAAUGGUUUAUAAAAGAUAUGAAACAUCUGUUAAAUCUAGAGUAUCACAAAUUCUGGUCCACAAUCGUACACAACACUACGACACUCGAGAGUAUCGUAUCGUUUAUGCAGAAUGCUUUGCCGUUCUAUCUCGUUCCGGUACUAAAAUCUAUGGAUAAUGAACGAAUUUUACCAUUGUACACAGGCGCCCAUGCGCUCGUGUUCAAGGUAAUCUUCCGCCUAACCACUUUACGCGAAAGUAAUACAUGCUGGAUGGAACCGGAAUUUUACGGCAAACUUGUGUACAAACAUUUCAUCAUUACCGUACCAUUCCUGUUUGAUUUAAUAUCAAUCUACAGCCGAGAUAAUAUUGCAGAAAUUUCGCGAAUAAUUGAAUUCAUUCUAAACCUUCAGCCGAAGUACAUUCAGGAUCUAAAGCAGGGUAUAAGCUACCUGUUGAACGCGUUUACUAUCAUUCAAACUCGAUGCGAAUCGGAACUAUCUGAAGCAAAUAGUUCAGAAGCAACACUGAAUGAUUUAACAUUGUAUGCGCAGGACUGCAGCAGCGUGCUGGUGCAAUUGAUAACAAUUUCUACCCCACUUCGACAGAUAUGUUCCGAAAUGAACGCAGAAUUCGCCAUUAGUAACUUUUACGAUAACGUCAUAAUCGUCCUGUACCGAAAUAUUCAAGAGGUUAACAAGCAUUCUCAAUAUUUAAACAAUUUAAAUGAUAUGCGUGUUGAAUUGCUUGAAACGUUCCGUUCGAUAUUAUGCGUUCAAUUAAACAGAAUAUUGGAAAAUUCAGACGAUGGCUUACUUGCUGCGGAUAAAUUUAUAAGCAUUCUCACGGAGUGCCUUGCAAACAAUAUUUUUGUGAGAGAUUAUAAAACUCUGUAUGACAUCGAGGACGAUUUGGCAAUUGUGCAGUUAGGUUAUAAAUCUGUGGAUCAAGUAAAGUAUGACUUUAUACAGAAUGCAUACGCAAAGGAUAGGGACGUGCAUGAAACACAUUCGAUCAUGAACUCUGAGCAGGACACUGAUCAUGAAGUUAAAGUGAGCGUAGAGCAGCGAGAAAUCGAGCAAAGAAUCGAACAGAAUGUACAGUACAUAAUGGAACUAUUACCUCAUCUAGAAGCGGCACAAAUUCGCAAAGUCGUUUGCUCGUAUGAUAACGUUGAGGAAGCUGUUAGUGUACUGCUAGAGCAGGAAAAUCCAAACUCGGAAUCGCAACCGGUAGAAGGGCAAGAAGAGUUGCAUAUUCCCAUUGAUCCUCUUGAUGAAUUCUACGUUCGCACCGGCAUUGACCGGUUAAAUGUUUACGACGGCGAUGAGUUUGACGUGAUGGUUAAUGACAAGGUGAAGGGAAUUAUUAAGAAAGGAAAGGGCAUGCCUGGGCAACCGAAAUCACUAAAUGCAUUGCUGGACGACAAAAGCCACAUACAGCAGGUGCGCCACAUUUACCGACAGUUUGACCUGAUCGCGGAAAAUGAUUUGGACGAUGAUGAGUACGAUGAUUCGUUCGAAGCGAUGACCGAAAGUGAAUCACGUCACGUAAAGCUAUCCAAGGAUGCUCGGAACACGUUCGUCGAUGAGGUACUUGAUAAUGAAAGCGAUAGCGAAAACGAAAGUGAAGAUGAGCAGGAAGCGAACCAAAAUCAAUUCUGCGAAAAUCCGGAACUGGCACGAAAACGGUAUGAGGACAAAUUACACAGCAAGUACCUUCGGCGCCAUGGCAGCGCGGCAUCCGGCCCGAAGGAAGCAGAUGUACGUGGUAAACCGAAAGGCCAAGGACAGGAUAGUAAAGUGUUGCUAAAUCGAAGGCAUAAGAACGAAAACAAAGCAUUAAGUGGCAAUCACAACCGAAAGCAAGGUGCAAGCUAUAAACGGAAUCGUGGUAUGUUGCCAUCGUAA